CGACUCUCUCCUUUCUUCCAGGUUCCCCUUUGCAAUCAACCUCAUCUCCAAUCACAGAGAUUCAUUUGCUAAUUUGAAGAUCUUGUGGGUCACAAAACUCACAAGCAAGAGCUUGACGUUCAUCGACGCUCCUCUACUCAACAACAUAUGGCAGAAGAAAAUGUUAAAGAGCGUGGAGAUGGAAGUGCAGAGCUGGUGAAAUCCAAUGGUGAUAAGCAUGCCAGUGUUAUAAGACCAGCUGCUAGAUACUACUCUGCUAUUAAAGAUGCUAUGGUUUGUGGGAAAGGAAGAUAUACGCUUGUUAAAGACGUGGAUGAUGUGGAAAAUGGAGCUUAUGACAAACCUCUCCCAUGCUUUGGUUGUGGAAUCGGAUGGUUCUCUUUCCUCCUGGGUUUUGUGUUCCCUUUCUUGUGGUACUAUGCCACAUUUCUCUAUUUCGGAAACUACUACCGCAAGGAUCCUAGAGAAAGAGCCGGUCUUGCUGCGUCCGCAAUCACUGCGAUGGGAUUCUCCCUCUUGCUACUGGUGAUUGUUCUUUUCAGAUGGUUUUAACUACUUCUCACGUAUACACCACACCAUACUCUUGAGCUUAUAUAUGUGUGUAAAAUCUUGGUCCCAUCCUUGUCAAAGGAUUUAUAGAGGAGGAGGGACUUAGAUAUGUGUCUGUACAUUCAAUAUAAACCCAAAGUGCAGAUAUUAUUAUACCUCAUCUUUACUAAAGCUAUGUAUUAUUUUCUUCUCACAGUCUACAUUGUACAAAAAGUAACAGAAAAUAAAUAAGAAACAAAUAAAUGGUUGCUUG